AUGGUAGCCACGUGCCUGCAGGUAGUGGGCUUCGUCACGAGCUUCGUGGGUUGGAUCGGCAUCAUCGUCACCACGUCCACCAAUGACUGGGUGGUGACCUGCGGCUACACCAUCCCCACCUGCCGCAAGCUGGACGAACUGGGCUCCAAGGGUCUGUGGGCUGACUGCGUCAUGGCCACGGGGCUGUACCACUGCAAGCCCCUGGUGGACAUCCUCAUCCUGCCCGGCUAUGUCCAGGCCUGCCGAGCCCUGAUGAUAGCAGCCUCAGUCCUGGGGCUGCCCGCCAUUCUCCUGCUGCUGACGGUUCUCCCCUUCAUUCGAAUGGGCCAGGAGCCUGGUGUGGCCAAGUACAGGCGGGCCCAGCUGGCUGGCGUUCUGCUCAUUCUGCUGGCUCUCUGCGCCAUGGUUGCGACCAUCUGGUUCCCCGUGUGCGCCCACCGUGAGACCACCAUCGUGAGCUUCGGCUACUCCCUGUACGCGGGCUGGAUCGGUGCCGUGCUGUGCCUCGUGGGUGGCUGUGUCAUCCUCUGCUGCGCCGGAGAUGCCCAGUCGUUCGGCGAAAACCGUUUCUACUACUCUUCAGGCUCCAGCUCGCCCACUCAUGCCAAGAGUGCCCACGUAUAA